AUGGCUCAAUAUGUGUGUUCAAAACUCUCUUCAACAAAUACACUUGUGUUAGGGGCUAUCCAGAUUUUGCUUGGCAUCUUUCAUGUUUUCAUGUGGUAUUUCCAAGUGUUUUUGUAUAUGGGACAGAUUCGAGGAGUCUUUGGGAUAUAUGAAUCUAUAACGUUAAAAGCAGGAUGUACUUUAUGGGGAAUUUUUUUUAUCAUGUCAGGAGCUGUCUUAAUAAAAUUAGCAAAGCAUCCAACUCCUCAACUGAUUAUAAUCGCUUUGACCUUGAACAUCACCUGCAUAAUUGCUGUAAUUGUUGCAGUAAUUUUAACAUUAGUGGAGUUGUCUAGUUUUCAUUCUGUGUCAUAUAGGAAUUUUGGACAAGCACAACUUGGGAGGUUUGUUUCAGCUGUUUUACUGGUCUCCUACUCUUUGCAGUUUGCUAUUGCACUUAUAUACUCGAUCUUCGGCUCUAUUGGUUUGGUAAGUGUUUAUCUAUUCUCCGGCAUAUCAAGAAAUGUUGAUUUUAAUAAGCCCAUCCUUUGA